UAUAAAACCCUUCAAGGUCUGAACUUUGGAGAGAUUUCGCUGCAUCUACUAUUCAUUGUCAUUGAAUCUUCCUAAGGGAGAGUAUUAAGAACAAGUCAUUCAAUCUACUUCGCCUUUCAAGUCGCUCAGCCACUCCACCCGUUGAAGCAGAUGGGAAAGAAGCAGAAGAUUAUACUACCACCUGAUCUCCCACCAGAUGUUGCUGAUGAUGAAAUUGAAGUGUCUGAUGAGGAUUUGCAGUUUGUGAAUGAUAAUGUAGAUUAUGCUGGUUUCGUUUCAAAUUUGGACACCAAUUUGAUUACCAAGCAUGUUACUCGAGUUGCUGAUGUUAAAGAAGAUGCUUUGGAGGCUUUAUAUGAGAAGCGGUCAAAGAAGAAGUCUCUGGAGAAAAAGAAGGAAGAUAAUGAGAUUGAAGUUGAUCGUGUAGAUGCUCUUCCUAUAAAGACAUUGGAUGGGCAACUCCACUUCAGAACAGCACCAAAGACAGCUAAAAAGCCUGGCACAGUUGGCUCUGAUCAGAUUGAUGGUGACAGUAGUGAUGAUGGGGUGGAAGCAAGUCUUGUGAAGUUGACGAAGCCUGAAAAGAGGGCAAAGCUAAAAAAAGGUAGAAAAGAGGCAAAGAAGCAAGAAAAAGAUGCCGUCAAAUCAGAAGUGCAACCAACCCCUCAAGAACAAGUGCUGGCUGAGGUUGAAAAAGAGUUGACAGCUGAAGAAUCAAAUAAAGCAAUGAAAUUCAGGCUAGCAGAACUUGGAACAGAGUUGCUUAUGGAUCCUGAAUCAAAUAUUAAAUCUCUUAAGGAGAUGCUACAAAUUUGUAAUAAGGGAGAUCAUUCCAUAACAGUUAUUGGUUUGAAAUCAUUACUAGCUGUUUUCAAAGACAUCAUUCCUGGGUAUCGUAUUAGGCUACCAACUGCAAAGGAGCAAGAAAUGGUGGUUUCAAAGGCCAUUAAGAAAAUGCGGUUAUACGAAUCAACUCUCCUUUCAGUUUAUAAGGCAUACUUGAACAAGUUGAUCGCAUUAGAAAAGCAACAACCUCUUAAGCGUGUUGCUGUUCGGUGUCUUUGCACUUUGCUGGAUGCUCAUCCACACUUUAACUAUUGGGAAAGCUUGUUGGCUGCAGUGCUUAAGAACUUAAACUCCACAGAUGAAGUUGUAAGGAAACUCUGUUGUGCGACUGUUAAGUCACUUUUUACAAAUGAGGGGAAGCAUGGUGGUGAAGCUACUGUACACGCGGUUCGGUAUAUUGCCGAGGAUGUUAAAGCUUCUGAUUGUGAUUUGCGUCCUGAUUCAAUUGAGGUAUUCAUGUCAUUGACAUUUGAUGAAGACAUAGGGAGGGCUAAAAUUACUGAAGAAAAAAAAACCAAAGGCAAGAGAAAUAAAAUGAAAAGGGGUACCGAGGAACCAAGCCAAGUGCCGGCCAAUGAAAGAAAGAAGAAUCGCAAAGAACAGAUAUCGAAAAUGAGAGACGAAGUUAAAGCUGAUCUUAAAGCUGCUUCUUUUAGCCAAGAUGAGGAAGAGAAGAAACAAAUUCAGUCACAGACACUUUCUGCUGUAUUUGGGACAUAUUUUCGCAUAUUGACACAUACCAUGCAGUCAAUUGCAGCCAGAAAUGUGGACACUUCAAAUGAAUCAACUAGUCAGUGGGGGACUUUCCCUCUACUUGCUCCUUGCUUGGAUGGAAUAGGGAAAUUUGCUCAUCAUAUUGACUUAGAUUUCAUGGGUGACCUUAUAACUUAUCUAAGAAAGCUUGCUGAAGGCGGUGGAAGCUCUUCAGAUAUUAGUGGUUCCAUACAGUCCACCAAACGGCUCUCUAUUGCUGAACGUCUUCGUUGUUGUAUUGUCGCUUUCAAAGUGAUGAGGAACAAUCUCGAUGCCCUGAAUGUUGAUUUACAAGAUUUCUUUGUUCAGCUUUACAGUAUUUUGCUCGAGUACAGGGCAGGAAGGGAUCAGGGAGAAGUGCUAGUGGAAGCCCUGAAAAUAAUGCUGUGUGAUGAUAGACAACAUGAUAUGCAAAGGGCUGCCGCUUUUAUUAAGCGUUUGAGUACAUUCUCUUUGUGCUUCGACUCAGCCGAGGCUAUGUCUGCUCUAGUCACUGUUAAGCAUCUUCUUCAGAAGAAUGUGAAGUGCAGGAAUCUAUUGGAAAAUGAUGCUGGAGGAGGUUCGGUUUCUGGUCCUGUUGCGAUGUAUCGUCCUCAAGUUUCGGACCCAAAUCUGAGUGGCGCUCUUUCCACCGUAUUAUGGGAACUUAACCUUCUCCGCAAACACUAUAAUCCUAUGGUUUCCACACUAGCAUCAACAAUCUCAACAAUGAGCACAGCCACCCAAAACCAAGUUUUACUUUCCUACAUCACUCCUCAGCAAGCUUAUACCCAAUCUUCAAUUGAGCAAGAGACUUUCGACUUAAAGGAAGAUUUUGGUAAGAACCGUAAGAGGAAACGAGGAAGUGAGUCUGUUGUGAGCGAUGUUGAUCAAGAUGUGAAGAUGGGUGAGGCAGAUGAGGAUGAUGUGUUGAGAAAGAAAUUUUGCGAUCAUUUUGUGAUGGUUCAUGAUAUGAGCGAAAGCAAGAGGUUAAAGGACGAGUUGAGUAGGACUACAUUGGCGUUGGAUUUAUUUGAGAAAUAUAAGAAUCAAACGAAGAAGAAACAGAGUGCAACUACUACUAAGGUAGUGAAGAAAUUGAAGGUGGUGAACAAAAAGAAGAAGAUGAAGUUAACAUAGUCUUUUUGUUUUGUUUUUAUGUUAUAACUUUUGUUUUGUUUUUAUGUUAUAACUUUUGUUGUGAAUUACUAUUGUUGAGAAUCAAGUUUUGAUCUUUUUCUUUUCUUUUUGUUGAAUUAAAAUACUCAUUUUUUAA